GGAUGAUUUCUCUGAGGACAGCUCAGGUGAGGAGUGGAACUGUACGCCUGCAAAGAGGAGACUUUCCAUGAGGCGAUACCGCACUGCAUAUGCUACUCCGGCAUUAUCCCCCCUGAAAUCGACAUCUGAGCAGUGGAGGCAGAGUCCCAGAAGAAACACAAUCCGCUCAACACCCCGAAAAAAUAACUCAUCCCCCAUUUCUGGCAGGAAAUUCUCCACUCUGCCCAAGAAAAAUCAAAGUGUAAAGCGGCAAAGGGAGAAACAGAAUUUAGGGCCAGAUAAAGAUGAAGAAGAGGAUGAUGACCGUUGGCGAAAUAUUGACGAGGAAGACACAGAACUUCCUCAACUUCGAUUCAGACCAAAGAGGGAUGUAGGGCCUCAGCUGAACAGAACAGCAAACUACACACCACUUGAGCUGUUUCAGUUAUUCUUUUCCACUACUGUAAUAGAUACUCUGGUGAAAAACACUAAUUCUUAUGGGAAGAAGAAAUGCCAAGGCAAGAAGGAAAGCUGGGUCCCUGUCAUGGCGGCAGAUAUGUAUUCCUUCAUCUGCCUCGUCCUCUACAUGGGGAUUGUACCGCUCAAAACUCUAAAAGAGUUCUGGAGAGGAUCUAAGCUCUUCAGCCUGCCAUUUCCUGCCUCUGUUAUGCCUUGCAGGCGAUUUUUAGCCAUUUCCCGCAGUCUGCACAUGAAUGACCCUGCUGUUGAAGCUGCCAAUGACCGAAAGAAAGGGACAAUGGAGUUUGACAGACUCUGCAAGAUAAAGCCACUGUAUGAGCAAAUUUUGGAGGCUUGCCAAACCUUCUUUCAUCCUUACCAGCACAUCUCUAUAGAUGAACGAAUGGUGGCCAGUAAAGCUAGGUUUGGAUUCAAGCAGUACAGCAGAAAUAAGGCAACUAAAUGGGGCUUUAAGCUUUUUGUUUUGGCAGACUCAGUCUGUGGCUACACACUGAAUUUUUUUGUGUACGGGGGGAAAGAUGGACAGCCCACAGGGAAUGGGAUAAGCUAUGAUGCUGUCAUGAGACUGCUGAAGAUUCCAUUUCUAGGCAAAGGGUAUAAGCUCUAUGUUGAUAACUUUUACACCAGUCCAACUCUCUUUCUUGACCUGCUUAAAAGAAAAAUUUGGGCAUGUGGCACUAUUCGGUCCAACGUAACAGGUUAUCCCAGGGUGAAAAAUAAUAACAUGCCAGAAAAAACACCAAGGGGGACUAUUCGUUGGCUCAGAAAAGGAAAGUUGCUAUUUGUUAAGUGGUA